AUGAGGCAGUACGUUCAAGUUCCAACUGUUGAGCAAGAAAAAGCCUAUGAUUAUAAUUCUGCUUUUGAACCGAGACCGUGUAUGUGUUUGGGAGUGUGCUGUUGCUGUGCUGCUUUGCGACCUCGCUACAAGCGUCUGGUAGAUAACAUAUUUCCUGAAGAUCCAAAAGAUGGACUUGUUAAAGCUGAUAUGGAGAAGCUGACUUUCUACGCAGUUUCUGCACCAGAAAAGCUGGAUCGAAUUGGUGCUUACCUAGCAGAGAGACUGAGCAGAGAUGUUGUCAGACACCGCUAUGGGUAUGUUUUAAUUGCUAUGGAAGCAUUGGACCAACUUCUAAUGGCUUGUCAUUCUCAAAGCAUAAAACCAUUUGUUGAAAGUUUCCUUCAUAUGGUGGCCAAGCUUCUGGAAUCAGGUGAACCAAAGCUGCAAGUUCUUGGAACGAAUUCUUUUGUCAAAUUUGCCAACAUUGAGGAAGACACACCUUCAUAUCACAGACGCUACGACUUCUUUGUGUCUCGAUUCAGUGCCAUGUGUCAUUCAUGUGACCACGAUCCAGAAAUACAAACCAAGAUCCGAAUUGCUGGAAUCAGGGGCAUUCAGGGAGUGGUUCGGAAAACAGUUAAUGAUGAACUUCGAGCGACUAUAUGGGAACCUCAGCACAUGGACAAGAUAGUACCGUCAUUGCUGUUUAAUAUGCAGAAAAUAGAAGAUAUUGACAGCAGAAUAGGCCCUCCAUCCUCUCCUACAAGAGGAGAGAAAGAGGAAAAUCCUGCUCUGCUGGCUGAGAAUUGCUUCAGGGAACUACUAGGACGAGCAACCUAUGGAAAUAUGAAUAAUGCUGUCAGACCAGUUUUCGC